AAUAUGUUAUGUUCAGUUAAUAUAGCCUUAAAUUACUAGUGCUUUUCCUGUAGAAAAUCCUUUGCAGGAUUUUUGGCCAUAGUUUUCUCAUGAUAGCAAGCUGUCACUUAAUUGAUUUGUCAUUUCCUGAAUAAACCAGUAAGCGUGUGAACCUUUGCUUAAAUGUUGCUGCAUCAUACAUCGCAGUCGGCAGUGAUGUAGGCAGACAGACAAUAUUGAACAUAAGGAAAUGAAGAAGGGAAAUUACUGGGAGUCUUAACUAAAAUCAGUAUGGUUAGUAAAUAAUAUCUUCUCUGUAUUUCAUAUUCAAAAAAUAUUAAUAUUCACUGUUCUGUUUGUUUAAGAUGAAAGACUCUAAUCUGCACAAGUAUUGUAUGCACUUUCUAUUGAUAUGAUUAUUUUCCCUCUGCUGAGCAGUGGGUUGCUCUGUACCUGCUGCCCCUGAAAUGGAAACAGUACAGUUGGUGUAUUAAUGACAAAAUCAAUUUUUUUAAUCUGUGGGAUUAUUUUAGUUAAUGUAAUAUCACAUUCAACCUGUUAAGUAACUGUCUUUAUGCUAUCUGAGGAGAAUCUCCAAGGAACAAUUAAGAAUUAUAACUGUUCCUUUAUUAAAUACUUAUGUGUAAAGUACGAUAGUAAUCAGCAUGAUGUAUAAGGUUAAAUAUUGUUUUGUUGUUGAAUUCAAGAAGAUUCAAUAAUAUUCUGGAGAACCAUGACAAAGAAAUAUUUGGUGCUUGAUCUUUAGAUGAUGUUUGUGACUGUGUAGUUUAUAGAACCUUUUCCUUAUGUUACCCUUCUAGAGUGUAUGUCCUGUUUUCCUGAGCCUCCUUUGCACAAAGUAGGCAUAAAGCAUCUCGGUCUGGGAGAGAAACACAAAAAUUGACUCUGUGCCUUAAAUUAUGCUUAAUAUUUGAAAUAUGAACCAUAGGAGGAGGGGUUUGGCAGUUACUUCAAAUUAGUGUAUUGAAAGACCUUGGGUUUUUGCAUUGCUUCCCACAGACUACGUGCUGUUAGCACUUCUGGUUUCUCAGUAGAUAUGAGAGAAUAUGAAUCUAGGGAAACGAUGCCUCAUUAGUGGACAUCAGUCAUGGGAAUAAAUAACCUAGAUAUUAUAUCAGAAAGUAUUGUUUUUUAAAAUAUUUUUAAUAUUUUGACUUUUGCCUUACAUCUACCAGAUGCUCAUCAACUUCCUUUAGUCAUCUUACCAGUUUCUGUUUUGUGCUGGCUCCUGGUCAGAAAAACAAUGCGAUCUUUGAGGUCCCUUCCAACCCAGGCCAUUCUGUGUGGUUCAGAUCUUUCCUCAGUCCUGUUUCUAGACAACAGAAGGACUUGGCCACAUUCCCCAGGCAGCUUCUGCUCUCUCUUGUGUCAGGAUAACCGUACUAGGAGUGAUUUCCAUUAAUUCUGGAACUAAGAACUUUCUGUGAAUUGCCCAAUUUAUAAGCUAGCCCCCAUCAACUACACACUUGAAAUUUUGGGUAAGUCAGUCUCAUACUAUGCCCCUAGCUAGUCUAAGAUGUAUGAAGUAUAGAAUGUGACUGUCAUCAAGUCUCACAAGAAAGCACAAUUUUCAACAUCAGUAUUGGUAGGUAAAAAAAAUUGAUUACUGUUGAUGUGAGUGGAAGACAUUUUAUUUUAGCGACCGCUAAGCAAGUUCUCUAAUGGGUUUAAGCAGACAAGUGCAGCUUUUUAACAGCCUGAUGUGAAGGGAACAGGAAUUCACAUCUUAUCCACCUAAGUUUUUCUGCUUUUAACUGAUCUAGAUGCUUGCUUUUGAGAUUUGUAGUACAAAAUGGCUUGUGUUGUUGCAACAGUUGUGUUUGUUUUUUUUUGUUUCCAAGUAAUGUACAGAUUGAGCUCCUAGAACAGUCUAUUUGAAUGCAAAGUAUAUAUAGAAUAAGGACUAAUUAACAAUUUGUUGUUCUUUUUUGCUUUCUUUAUUUAAAGAGUAGAAGAUACUUGUAGUUUUGGAAUUGAUAAGUACCAACUCUUUAAUUUUUAAUUAUGGCUAUGAAAUUGUAGAUAAUUCAAUCUAAAAAAACUGAGUUGUAUUACUUCUUCACACGUGGCAAUUUGAAUUCUCACACUUUGUUUUUCUGUAUUCCCUGCCCAUUGUGCAUUAAAACUCGUAAAUGUUUGUGUACGCUUAGAAGUAGUUGCCCCUAAACCUUCUUCCAGUGUGUCUCGGAGCAAGGCUUUGUCUAAAUUCAAAAUGCUGGAAAAAUUUCAUAAGAACAAGAAAGAUUCGUAUUUAAACAAAGAAGAAGGAAGCUGAUGGUUCUGACAGUCCUAAGGGUAACAAAUUUAUUGUGUUCUAUGUGAUUAAAAAGUUAGAAAGUUAGAAGACCUGCUCAACUUAAGAAUUAAAAGUUAAUUUUUAAAUGAACAUUUACUGUUAUAUGUAGAUUUGAGUGCUUGGUAUUUGUGUUCUUACAUUUUCCUUUGCAAAUGUAAUAGGAACAAGUGCAACUUGUAAUAGAAACUAAGUGCAACUUAGGUUCUUAUUUUAAUUGAUUCUAAGGAGCAGGAAUUUAAAGAAUACCACAUAUUAUGAGCGUUGCUAAAUAGUGCAAGAAUUGAGAUUACAAGUAUAUGGAUAGUGAUAUGAAACUGCUGCUCCAACGUGUAAUUUUCACAAGGGUUAACAAAUGCAAACAGCCCAAAAUGACUGUGAGUGAAAAAAGAGACUUUGAAAUCCAACCAAAUUGAUAUUUUUUUUCCAUGUUUCAUAGGUUUCUCAGAGUAUGGGGCUAGUAAAAGAUGUGCUUGUCUUCAGUAGCAACAGUAAAAUCCUUGAAACCAGUGAACGCAUUGUCAAGAAGGCUUUGCAGCUUACAGAGGAAACUGAUGAGAAUGUGCAUCCAGAAAAGAUGCAGCUUCAGAAGAGUAAUGGAGUCGCUUUCUCAUUAAGUAGAGACAGCCUGGAAACAAAUGAUUCCUUUGUAGCUUCUGGUCCUAAUCAAAGUAAUACAGGACUUGGAUUGGAUACCUUGGAAGAACAAGAAGAAAAAGAGAUCUUUUUUGCUAAACUUGAACAAGAAGCUUCCUCGCCUAUUGAUUAUUCAAGACUAAAUAAAGAGCUGAAUUUGAGCGAUUCUAUAGUACUAGCACCAUUUGUAAGAAAUGAAAGUGAAAAAGAAGUGGAAUCCACAGCUGAAGAGAAAUGCGAAAGCUACAGCGAAGAUUUUGAAGAGGACACUGAUGCUAAUCCUGCCUUUAAAACUGAAGAAAGUCAGGAACCAAACAGUGGCAUGCUGGCUAAAGUUGUACUACUUGAUUCACAAGAUUCAACUACAGAAUUUCAGAAAGCUGCUGAAACAUCAGGUGUAGCCCUAAGUGAACACGAUCUGCCUCAAGAAGUUGGUGGAACUGAAAUGAAUGAAGCAGGCACUUUGUGUGGACAAACUACCAGUGACACCGAAGCCUUACACCAUGCGUAUCAUCACAUUGAUCAGUCUUUGGGAGACACCAAUGAGCAAAAAAUACACAGUUCUUCAAUGGCCAUCUCACAAUGCUUAGUGCAAGUUACUUCACAAAAUCACAAUCUCUAUUCAAAAAACACAUCAACUACUGAAUCAGAUUUACCUACUGUGGAAGAAUUUAUGAGACCUAUUAAAGGAGAUUGCUAUAAUGCCAGAGGUUUUGAUUUGGAACCUGAAAGUCCUGUGAAGGUGAUAGGCAGCACAGUAAAUGAACACGUCAAUCACUUGCCCUAUAAAGAGCACAAAAAUGAAUCAGUUUGGGAGACAAACUUACUUGAAAAAUUUAACAGAGAAGACAGCAUCUUUCUACAGACAGCUGCAAAUGAAGAUAGCUUUCCGAGGAUGCCUGGGAAAGAAAUUCAGACCAGUGAAGUACAACCUGAUGUGCUAAGUAAAGAGAUAAUACAAGACUGUCUGCUUUCACAAGGCAGCAAAACUAAACAGGUUCUGCAGUCUUGUUGCUUGAAGAAUGAAAAAUCAGAAUCAACAACAACUAAACAAAUGUUGUACAAGAAUAUCAGAAGUACAACACCUUUACAUAAAAAGAAGUCUUCAUACAGUCCUCAUGGGGUGGUUAGAAGUUCUGGAUAUGGGAAAUCCACUUCAUACUCAAAACAGUCCAUUCCAGCUACCGAAAGGAAAAUACCAAAAGAAACUUUGAAAAAAAGCAUUAUGAAAUGUAGAAGUCCUGCAGAUAAAGCAAGAUCUAAAGAAGCCUUAUUUACUACAAGGACGAUAAGAUCUGCAGCAAAUGAAAAGACUUCUAAGGAGGAAAUUAGCAGAGCUAUGUCUGACCAAUCGGUUGUUCAUAAUCUUGGACAUCAAGUUGUGGAUUCUUUCAGACAGCAUCAUAGUGAUUUACCAGUUUCUCCUGUCAAAAGUUGUGAAAGGGAACUGCGUUUGCUAAGACGAGCACAAGUUGCUGAGGAGGACCUGAGCAGAGCACGUGAUGUGAUUCAACAGCUAACCAGCACAGUUUCAGAAAAGGAGAAAGAAAUGGAGACAAAGAUAGUAGAAUUGAAAACACGCUAUGAAAAAGAGCUUUCUCAGCUGGGUCAAGAAAACUAUGUUCUUCAGAGCAAGUUGAGAAGCAUGGAAGAGCUGUCUAAGGAGAAGAGAUGGAUCCAUCAGACAGGAACAGUUUCUGUCCCUGAAGAAAAACUGGCACAAAUACAAAAAGAAAUGGAAGAUCAAGAAGUCAUUAUUCAAGGUUAUCAACAGGAAAAUGAGAGGUUAUACAAACAAAUGAAAGAUCUGCAAAUCCAAAACAAAAAAAAUGAGGAACAAAUGUAUAAGGAGAAUCAGUGUUUAAUGUCUGAACUAAUAGCCCUAAGAGAAAAGGUAGAAAGGAUUAAUAUCCAGUCACAAAUUGUGCGAGAAUCUGAACCAGCCAGAAAUCAAAGUUUCACAGAAUUGAUUUCAGAGCUUCGAGCAGCACGGAAGGAAGAAACUAAAUUACGAGAAGAGAUAAGACGGCUUAAACAAGAUAAACAAGCUCUUGAAUUAGACCUGGGGCAAGCAAAGAAAGAAAGAGAUCUAGCAAAAGUCCAGAUUACAUCCACAUCAAGCGAGAAGUCUUAUGAAUUUAAAGUUAUGGAAGAAACAUACAAACAGGAAAUUCUUCAUUUAAAAAGGCGGCUUCAUUGGUAUGCAGAAAAUCAGGAUCUUCUGGAUAAAGAUGCAGCCCGUCUUAAAGAGGCAAGGGAAGAAAUUGAAAAACUGAAGCAAGAGGUCGAGAAGCUCAGAGCUGAAGCUGGAGAUCAUCAGUGUGUGCAACAGAAGAAGCGUUUGAAGGACAGAGCAGCAGAUGCUAAAAGAAUUCAGGACCUUGAACGACAAAUCAAAGAAAUGGAAGGCAUUCUAAAAAGGCGUUACCCGAAUUCUUUGCCUGCUUUGAUUUAUGCUGCUGCUGCUGCUGAGAAAACCAAUGAUCUUUCAGCUAAAACAAACACAACUGAUUUUUUGGAAAGAAGAAUAAAAAAGUUAGAAACGGAACUUGAGGGUAAAGAUGAUGAAGCUAAAACAAGUCUCCGUGCUAUGGAACAACAGUUUCAAAAGAUAAAGAUGCAAUAUGAGCAAAGACUUGCCGAGCUUGAGCAACUUCUUGCUUACAAAUGGAAGAGUGAAUCACCAAAACUGAAUGGUGAUAAAGCCAAUUGUAUUGAACUUGAACUGCAGCUUCAGAAUCUUAAGAAGACCCAUCAGAUUACUGUUGAAAACCUCCAGACAGAAAUUGAAAACCUCAAGAGUCAAAAUUCCCAAUUAAAACUCAGAAGUAAAAAGGAUAAUAAAGACUUACAGUUAGCAGAUUGGCAAAUGAAACAAGGUAACACAAAAGAGAAACUGCUGAAACUAAAUCAAGAACUGAUCACCAAGAACAGAGAAAUACAAGACCUUACAAAAACUGUAGAGAAACUUCAAAAAGAAAGGAUGGCAAUGUUGUCUGAUAAUAACUUGAGAAAUAAGACUGAUAAUAAGGAAAACCGUCAAGAGAGCUUGAAAAACAAUACCGUAGCAACAGAAAAAAGGAAUUCCUGCAACAGCGAACCCUUGAUAGGCAUUUUUAACAAUGACAAAAUAUACCAGCCACACAACUUUUCUGAUUCUAAUGUCUUGGAAGUUCUGCAAGAAAAUGCACGGCUGAAGGAGGAGGUGGAAAAAUUGUCUCUAGAAAUGAACCAGCAGAGGGUGAAGUCUCAGGCAACACUGGCUUAUUCUGAAAAUAAUAUACGAAGGAUACAGGAAGACACAGCAGAAUAUGUUGCAGCUCUGAAAGCUUCCCAUCAAAGAGAAGUAGAGAAGAUUCUUUCUCAGUACACAAAAGAGCAUUCUGCUUCCAAAGUAGCUGAACUAAAUGGCAGAAUUUCAACCCAAGAGAUUUUAAUAAAACAUCUGCAAGAACAAAUCAGCGAACACCAGAGACAUCAGGAAGCUCUACUAGUUUCACAGAUGCGAGAGGAAUUCCUGCAAAAAGAGGUGGCGAAACUGUUGGAAGAAUUGAGAGAGGCCAAGGAAAGCCAGAGUCCUGAAAUGAAACAUUUCUUGUGCCUGGAAAAGAAAAUCAAGCAUAUUGAGACCCGCCAUGCAGUAAGAGAACAAGAACUUCAAAAGGCAGCACAACUAACACAGCACAUUACUGAAGGAAGGCAAAGCCGUGAAGCUGAGAGGUGGCGUAAACUUGCACAGCGGAAGAAUGAAGAGCUGGAGAGAUUUCGAGUGGAAUUGGAUUCAAUAUUGGAUGUUUUACGGGAACUGCAGAAACAGGGGGUUGUCAUUCCAGCACCUAAUUCCAACAGGUUCAGUGUAACAGAAAACUGUUGGAAGACGUGAUUAGAUGAUAUGAGUGGUGUCACGGGAGCAAGAGUUGAAUGUUUCAAUGUAUAGAUAGAAAACGUUACUGAAAAUCAUCAAUGAAGUGCUUAUAAAUUGAAUUACAUUCUGGUCUGAAAUCUCACUUGUCCAAAAGUAGAGCAUUAAGCUACACCCCAGUUAAACUGUCUUACUUUGUUAGUGAUAUCAUUCGUACUUAAAUUUUAGGAUUUGAUGAUGUUCUGUGAACUGAGUUAUGAUUCCAGCUGAUGCUUUGCAGAUCCUGUCAAACACUCCUGAACGUUUUCAACCAUCGUUCAUGGUUUGUGUUUCAUCAGGUCCUUCUUGAACGACUUGGGUAAUAUGUUUAGUUGUAUUUUUAGUGUGUGGUGUUACCAGUACUAUUCAUGCAGUAGGGCAUGAGAUCCUGUUUGUUCUGUUUGUUGGCUUGUAAGAUUUUGAACAAUAAAAUCAGCAAAUUACAAGUGUGACAUCUCAGCACUGCAAGUCCUUAAAAAUUACAUGGCACAUGUACUGAGAUUUUAGCCCAACCAACUAUACUUAUUUAGGCCAAAGACAAACUAAAGGCCAGGAUGUGCUCCUGAGCUCCUAACCUGUAAUUCUGUGCAUUCUACACUGUAUUUUGUGUCAUUGGUUUUGUUUUAUGGAGCUAAGAUUUAAGUCAAAAGUGAAACUGUUCAGGGUUGUAUGUGUUUAUGGCGCACUUUGUUAGGGACCAGCAAUAAACCAUGCCUUUUGACAUAGAGAAGUGUGUGUAUGAGCGUGCAGAAAGCGCAAUUAGUACCACUUAUGCCAGACAGGCACAGGCAGUAAUUAACAGUGCAAGAUUUUUUUGACUGCACACAUUCAAAUUACGUAUGUCUAUAUGCAUGUGUUUGUAUAUAUAGGUAUAUAUGUAUAAAGGUGGCAAAGUAUUACUAUAUUAAUUCUGGGUGAAAAUAACUAUAGAUACUUUCUCCUCAGAUGAUGAAGUGUUCGCCCAGGCCUGUCCAUUGCCUAGGAAUGACCAAACACCGGUGCACUGUUAACCCCAUCUGGGCUGAAACCAGGGCAUGGGGCGCAGUGCAGUGCCAGCUCAAGUUAUGGCAAAUAGGUUUAUGCAGUUUGAUACGUUGAACUGUGAACACUGAAAAACACACGGCCAUAUUCUCCAUUCUGAUAAAGGGAUUUGAGAGAAUAGGUUUCAGGAUUGCCAAAAAGUUAUUAUUCUUUUGGUAUCUUUGAGACUCAGUUUCAGUCAACAUGGAUUCAUGACCUGCAGAUUUUCAAAUGGAAUCUACAGAGUUGCAACCAGAUAUUCAACCCAAAAAUCUGAUCGUGUCUCUCUAGUAGAUUUCUAAGUCAUUCUUCUCUUACCAGAUACAAAUACCCCUCACUUCACAAUCUGCCUUACUCGUGUCUUUGUUGUUUGGCAGUAAGCGUGUUUGUGAAGAAGGGUUUCCAAGGACAAAGCACAGGAGGAGUAAAAUAACAUCAAAAGUCAAUGUGGGGUGCCCUGAGAGCUUGCUAAGAAUUGAAACCACUACCAUCAAACCAGGCUUUUGCAUUAGUUUUGUGAAAACAAGGUCAGCUAUUCCGCUGUUUUUAUGGUUCUGUGGCUCUCUUUGUUUUAUGUUUUAAUAAAACAUAUUAAAAAUUAAAAUGCCGCAUUA